AUGAAGCGCAAGGUCGGCGCUCUCGAGAAGAUCGAGGCGGAUCAUGCCGCGCUCCGCUUCAAAAUCAAGCGCGAUCCCCAGAGCUACCGCGACGACUUCAACAACCAGUGGCAGCAGUACGAGACGCUGCGCGACUUGUUUCUGCAGAGCCCUUCCAGCCAAGGUACCGGCCUGGCAGACUUGAAGGAUCUCAUCGAAUUCGUCUCUCACGUUGCCGAUCUGUACCCCGACCUCACCUCGCAAUUCCCCCAAGACCUCGAGCAGAUCCUUCUGCAGCACCACCAAGUGCUCGAGUAUGAGCUGCGGGACAAGAUCGUGGGCAGCCUGUGCCUGUUGCGCAACAAGGACGUCAUCAACUCGGUGACCCUGCUCAACACGCUCUUCCCCGUCCUCAUUGCUACUCCCAGCAAGUCGCUGCGCCAGCUUCUCUUCACCAAGAUCCUCUCCGACCUGCGCUCCUCCAACGUCAAGACCACCAACCACAAGCUCAACCGCACCAUACAAACCGUGCUGUACAACCUGCUCGAGUCGGACAAGGAGUCGCCCAAGGGCAUCUGGGCCGUCAAAAUCACCCGAGAGCUGUGGAAGAAGCAGAUAUGGUCCGACGCACGCGCCGUCGAGGUCAUGCGUCUGGCUGCUCUGAGCGAGAACGAGAAGGUCAUUGCCGGAGGAGUCCGAUUCUUCCUUGGCGGCGACAAGGAGCGUGAGGAGGCAGCCGAGGAUAGCAGCGACGACGAUAACGAUAUCGACAUCGCCAAGCUGCGCCACCAGGCUGGCAUCAACAAGAAGACCAAGAAGAAGGGCCGUGACCUGAAGAAGGCUGCUGCUACGGUCAAGAAGAAGGAGAAGAAGAAGAACGCGCCGCACCCGUUGAACUUCUCCGCACUCCACCUACUCCACGACCCUCAGGGCUUCGCCGAGACCCUCUUCUCCAAGCACGUCCAGAACUCAAAGUCGAAGCUACAGCUCGAGACAAGACUCCUUGUCCUGCAGUUGGUGUCGCGUCUUGUUGGUCUGCACAAGCUCACGGUUUUGUCGCUCUACUCGUACUUCCUCAAGCACCUCACCCCUCGACAAGCCUCCGUCACCAGCUACCUUGCCUGUCUCGCUCAGGCAACACACAACUACGUUCCUCCAGAUGUACUCGAGCCGCUCGUUCAGAAGAUUGCCAACGAGUUUGUUUCCGAAGCCUCAGCCUCGGAAGUGGCGGCUGCUGGUCUGAACGCCAUCCGCGAGAUCUGUGUUCGUCAACCUCUCGCAAUGACAGACACACUGCUCCAGGAUCUCGUCAUGUACCGCAAAUCCAAAGACAAGGGCACCAUGAUGGCCGCCAAGGGUCUCCUCUCCCUCUACCGCGAAGUCGGUGCUGAACUGCUUCACAAGCGCGACCGCGGCAAGGACGCCAGCAUGGGUAUUCGUGCCGGCACCAUCAAGGAACAGCGCUACGGCGAAGAGGCCGUUGGUGGCAUCGAAGGCAUCGAGCUGCUCGAGGCCUGGAAAGAAGACGAGCGGCGCAAGAAGCGGAUCGCUGCCGGCCUGGACCCCGACGGUACAGACGGUGACUCGCAACUGGACGAGGCCGAAGAUUGGAAGAAGUGGGAGCUGGAGAGCGACAGCGACAGCGACGAAGAAGGCUGGAUCAACGUGGAAAGCGACGGCGAGGACAUCAACAUCAGCGACAGCGAAGACGAAAAGGACAAGCCCAAGGCCAAGAAGGCGAAGCUCGACAGCUCGACACCGGUGCCGCAGGACGAUUCAAGCCCCGUCGACGCCCCCGCCGCUGCCGCCGCCGCAAAACAAGCCCAGAUCACCAAGCUCCUCACAACCACCAUCCUCACGCCAGCCGAUCUCAAGCAGCUCAAGGCCCUCCAAGAAUCCACCGCCGUCAACGCACACCUCCCCAGCCACAAACGCACGGCCAUGCUCGCCGCCCGCCACGCCGACGAAGCCAUCACAGCCGAGACCAUCGAAGCUGCCGCAAGCCUGGGCAAGAAGAACACAAAGGAGCAGAAGAUCGCCAUGGCCAAGGCCGACCGCGAGACGAACCACCAGAGCACGACGGCGAAGCGCAAGGCGAAGAAGGAGUCCGAGGGCAAGAGCACGACCAACAAGGAGAAGGCGCGCAAGAAGAACUUCCUCAUGACCCUCGGCAAGGCCAAGAGCAAGAACAAGAGGAGUCUGGGCGACGUCAAGAAGACGCUGCAGGGGCAUAUUGAGAGGAGCAAGAGAGGCGGGAAACGUGGAAACAAGGGAAACUAG